AUUUAUAAAACCGGCACAUUUAAAUAAACGUAUAGCUGGUAGGAGAUAACUUCAGCGCUUGUCAAGGUCAGACGAAGAACAGGGCCUGCAUUAAGAAUCAGAGACAAUAGACGCAUAAAGAAAAGACACGAAGACAAGUUUGAUAAACCAAUUUAAGAGAAUUUUAAGUUAUUUGCAUUUCACAGGAGUUCAGAAAAAUAUUUUUCUAAUUUUUUAAAGAUCGUUUUAAAAUACCAAUGGGACAGGUGGCUCUCCACCAGAUGAAAGAGUAUGGACUUGAGGACAGAAGAGGAGAAGCACUCAUCAACUACGUCAAAGAAAAUGUGAUUGGAAACGACGUCAGUUUUGAAGGGCCCUUUGGAACCCGACCAGUCACGUACUGCGACUACACAGCCUCUGGCAAACCUCUGCGGUUUAUCGAAGAUUACAUCACAGACUAUGUCUAUCCGACCUACGGGAACACACACACCACUACCUCUAUCGUCUCCUUGCAAACUACCAAGUUUAGAAAUAGCGCAAGGGACAUCAUAAAGAAAUGUGUCAACGCCUCCGAGGAUGACGUGGUGAUAUUUGUUGGAAGCGGGACGACGGGUGCAGUACAUAAACUUCUUAAUGUCUUGGGGUUACAUUCACAAGACUUCGACGAGACAAAUACGUGCUAUCAAGGUCGAAUGAAAGUGCAAGGAGGCUACAUUAGCAUUACCGUGUCAUAA